ACAUCUGGAGAUGAUAUUCCAGCUGCCUCUGGUGUCCCCCCAAGAUAUGUUUCUCCCUGUCUGCCUCCCCUCCCUUUUUAUUUCCACAUACUCAGUCAGUGAAUCAGGGUCGAGUCAAGUGACAUCACAAUCAGCAGCUCUAUAAAGGGAGGCACAGCGUGUGGGAGGAAGAGAACAAUAUUCAGUUCCUAAUAUUACACUUCUAUUUAUCUGAAACAAAAAAACAACACUGAGUACAGAAAAGGGAACUUCUUCAAGAGAAAGGAUAUAUUCACAAAGAUUUAUUAAAUUGCAGGACAUACUAAGAAAUUCUAAGAUGUCUUGUGACAGCCAGUUAUCUCUUUCUUGCCUACUUCUACUUCUUUCGCUUUGUGCAACCAUCACAGGUUUACCUACUGAGAAGAAUAGCACAGCAAACCCAGAGGAUAACAAAAACAUCACAGUACCACUGAGUUACACCAUGAGUCCUCUCACCGCUGCUUCUUCGGACUACAAAGGCGAGCAGUCUUCUGUUCCUCAACCACGCAAGAUCACACAAAGUCAAAAGACAACACGAGAAAGAAUUCAAUUCAUAACUGAAGACAUUGACUAUGACAGCUAUGAGGACGACGAGGACAACGGUUAUAAGAAGCAUUUCACUUUGCCUCCACAAGUAUCUUAUGACGCUUGUCCCUUUGACCGUUGCAAGCACCUGGAGCUCCCAUGCAGUGAAAUACAGGAGCGUGCAGGGGGCAAAUGCCGUUGUCCUGGGAUAAAUGGACGUACCAUUCCUCCUGAUGCUCCGCGUUUAAAUUUCAUAACUCCUGGACAAACAGGCAUCAGUGUGAGCUGGUGUUCCCCUCUGUCAACAGUGCAGGGAUACAGGGUGCUGUAUGGUGCUCCAGAAGGACCACUGGAGCAGGGACCCUUGCUCAAUCAAUCUUAUCGCUUAUUCUCAAUACCCAACCUUGUCCCAGGGAUGACAUACAGGGUGUGUGUGGUGGCCAUAAAUGAUGCAGGAAAAAGCCAAGUGGAGCCAAGGGAUGAAGAAGAGAGAUGGCCGGCCCAGAAAGGAUUUGCAGGUCCAUGUGCCCUCUAUAAUACCUAUGACCCCUAUGGAUCAUACAUUUACUUGGCAGUAGGAAUUGGCUUGGCAAUACUUGCAGGUCUUUUAGGGAUAUUUGCUUUUGUUUAUUGGUUUAGGUGUAGAAAGAGGAGUAGAAAAAUCAAACGAGCCAUUGGGGAGGAGAUGGGGGUCACCAAUAUGUCAUUUAGGGCAGAAAGUGUUGAGAAUCUGUGAAAGAACAUUUUUUGGGGUGUAUAAUAUGACGCACUAUUGUUAUAU